AUUUACUGCACUAGCUCGUAUUGGGGACAUUCAAUAAUUCUACACAAUACAUCCAUAUCGCUACAUUCUGUGACGUUUGUCUUUUAUCAUUGAUGGUUCAGUGACUCUCAUUGGGGUUGACCGCCUCAUGUCUCGUCUCAACAGCUUUUUUCUGUAUUUUAUAUUAAUUGACAUUCAAUGUCACAUUCAAUUAGUCAAUGAUCCAAUGGAAUCUCUUACAGAAGUGAUUGAACACCAACCAGAUUUCACCAUGUCAGACACGGUCCCCCUGGAACAGAGGUACAAGGCCAGCAUGGUCCUGAGUGGAGCAGGAGAUGCCCUGGGCUACAACCAUGGUACCUGGGAAUUUGAAAAUGAUGGAGUGUUAAUACAUGAGCAAGUUCAGAAGAGAGGAGGUCUAGAGAAGCUGGAUGCCAUAGACUUCCCUGUUAGUGAUGACACCGUCAUGCACCUGGCUACAGCUGAGGCUCUGGUCAAGGUGGGGGAAGGGGCAUCCCUCCCUGUGCUGUAUCGAGCCCUGGUGGAGAAGUACAUUGUAAGCAUGACAGACAUGGAUGGAAGAGGAGCAGGCAUCACCUGCAUCAACAGUGUUGCAAGGCACAAACAGAGAACUGACGAGGACAUUAAGAUUCCCUUCAACAAGAGGGGCGGAGGGUGUGGGGCAGCCAUGAGGGCCAUGUGUAUCGGCCUGCGCUUCCCCGACCCUGAGCAAGAGCACCUGCUGAUAGCAGUAAGUGUGGAGAGUGGGCGUCUGACCCACCACCACCCCACAGGCUACCUGGGAGCCCUGGCUGCAGCCCUGUUCACGGCCUACGCAGUGAGGGGCACCCUGCCCGUGGAGGCCUGGGGACACAGACUCAUGGAGGUCCUGGACAAAGCCAAGGAGUACGUCAGGCAUUCGGGCAAUUGUGUGGAGCUGAACAUGGAGCACUGGGACUACUUUGGAAAUCAGUGGAAAUCCUAUUUAGAAAAGAGAGGCAUUCUGGAUGGAAAGAGCAAACCUCGGUUCCCAGACUCCUACGGUGUGAAGGAGAGGGAGAGUUUCUAUAGGGCGGUGAGCUUCAAGGGUUGUGGUGGUGCCAGUGGGCAUGAUGCUCCCAUGAUAGCUUACGAUGCCCUCCUGAGGGCAGGUGACUCCUGGGUUGAGCUGGCCAAUCAUGGCUUCUUCCACGGCGGGGACAGCGACUCCACGGCCGUGAUCGCUGCUGCCUGGUGGGGCGCACUGUUCGGCUUCAGAGGGGUGCCAGAGAUCAACUACCAGAGGCUUGAGUACCGUGACAGACUAUCCAAACUAGGGGAAUGGCUAUACAAGCUCAGGGGGAAACCUCUUGUAACUGAGAAAGAGUGAUGUAAAUUAAACCAAUAGAUGGUUAAAGGUGAAAUUCAUUACAUAGCCUGCAGAUGAUCAGUAAUUUCUCAUUUUUUGACACUAAUUUUGUAUCCCUUGGUUUUUUAUUACAUAUUUUUAAAGAAUAUGACUGGAUCUGGAAAGAUUUAUAGAGUAUUUAUGAUCUCAAACUGCAGUCUACCUACUGACUAGGAGAUGGAGUCAUACGCAGCUGCAGAAUUUGCUGUAUAAUUACAAACAUUUUAUUUUAUGGCAACGUAAAAUGUUUAAUUACCAGCCUAUAAUCAAUCCUUCACGAACAUACUUUACUGCUACAGUUGUGCUAUUAUUGUAGCACAUUAGCUAUGGCAGAGUGUAAAAACGGAUUGCUUUACUUCAGAUUAGAUUGACGUUAUUGUGGACAUCUUCAAAAUGGAGACUACAAGUACGGUGGUGACCAGAGGGUGGCAAUGUAACUUAACAAAUCACUCUUGAAACCCCCUCUUUCUCCGUCUCUCUCUCUCAAUUCAAUUUCAAUAUAAGGUCUUUAUUGGCAUGGAAAACAUAUGGUUACAUUGCCAAAGCCAGUGAAAUAGGUAAAAGUGAAAAAAUAAAAAAUUAACAGUUAAUAUUAGACUCACAAAAGUUCAGAUGUCAUAUUAUGCCUAUAUACAGUGUUGCAACGAUACAAAUAGUUAAAGUACAAAGGGGAAAAUAAAUAAAUCAUAUUUA